AUGGGGCGGUGUGAGAUGAGAUGCCUUCCUUUUUGUAAGUCCGAAUGCAAAUGGAGCCCAUUGAAGAAGGGCAGCAAGGAAUUCAAAGAUGGGGCUUCGUUAGCCUCAUUUGUCAAACAUAUCACCCUCAAGUCUGAAAGCACGAGGGAAAAGAUAGCUGAAGAGAUACUGAAAAUGGGAAAAGAGAAUAUUGCUGUUCAAACCUUCACAUUUCGGGAGUUGUCAGUUGCAACUAAAAACUUCAAAUCUGAAUGUCUACUGGGAGAAGGUGGCUUCGGGAGAGUGUACAAGGGACUGAUUGAGAGCACAAACCAAGUUGUGGCUGUUAAGCAACUCGAUCGGAAUGGAUUGCAAGGAACCAGAGAAUUCCUAGUGGAAGUUUUGAUGCUGGGUAUUCUUCACCACCCAAACCUUGUGAAACUUGUUGGCUAUUGUGCAGAUGGCGAUCAAAGGAUUUUAGUGUAUGAAUACAUGCCACUGGGAUCUUUAGAAGAUCACCUUCUUGAUUUACCUCCAAAUAAGAAACCUUUGGAUUGGAAUACUAGGAUAAAAAUUGCUGCGGGUGCAGCCAAAGGUCUUGAAUACUUGCAUGACACAGCCAACCCCCCAGUGAUUUAUCGUGAUUUCAAAGCAUCUAACAUACUGUUGGACGAGGAUUUCAAUCCAAAGCUCUCUGAUUUUGGGCUUGCCAAGCUGGGUCCGACUGAUGAUGAAAGUCACGUGUCUACAAGAGUAAUGGGAACCUAUGGCUAUUGUGCACCUGAGUAUGCAAUGACAGGUCAGCUGACAACAAAGUCCGACGUGUACAGUUUUGGAGUCGUGUUUCUGGAGAUGAUCACAGGAAGGAGAGCUAUUGACCAUGCAAGGCCUAAACGUGAACAGAAUCUUGUUUCUUGGGCACAACCACUGUUUAGGGAUAAAACGAAAUUUACAUUUAUGGCUGACCCACUGCUUGAAGGAAAGUACCCCUUAAAGGGUCUAUACCAAGCUCUUGCGAUUGCAGCAAUGUGUCUCCAGGAGGAAGCUAGCACCCGGCCUCUGAUCAGAGAUGUCGUAACUGCUCUUGAGUAUCUGUCUCUACCAAAAAAUGAAGACAGGCAAUAAAAAUACUCUGAAUUCAUUUUCUAUUGAUAGAGAUAGAGUUUAAGAUGCUAGAUAGCAUAGUGAUGUGGACAGAGGAGAAGAA